CGACGCGGCGGUCGGUAUCGGCUGAUAGUGGAAGCGCCUCCAGAGAUGCCCUCCACUGAUGGCCACACGAGCGAUAUAGUUACAGAACGAUACGUGGUUGAGUCUAAGAAGUCUGCAGCUCAUGCUCCACUUGCUUGUAGCACACAGCACUGUGCUUUUCCUUUAGAUGGGAACCGUCUCUGUGUGUGGAGCCCCAAGGACCCUUCUCACCAGCUUCUCACCCUACAAGGACACCAUCAAUUGAUUACUGCUGUGGUUUUUGGAAAUCAAAUGGAUCCAUUUCUACUCUGCUCUGCAUCAGAUGAUUAUAUUAUAGUGUGGAACGUGGACGAAUGCAGAGAGAAGACACUUAAAGGGCUGACUCCUCGAGGGACUAUCCUGGGCUCCCUUUUACAAACAGUGUUGUGUUUGCGAUUUAGUCUGGAUGAUCGUGCUGUUGCAGUGUGUGCUGGAAACAAAAUAUCUGUGAUGGAUGUGGAGAAGCAGUCUGUGCUGGUAGAGCUGAAGGGCCAUGGAGGCUCAGUGACAGCAGUGGAGUUUUGUCCCUGGCAAGCACACACCAUCGUCUCUGUGUCUGAAGACAGAAGCUUUAAGGUCUGGGACUUUUGUAUGGGAUCCUUGAUAUACAGUUCAUCUAUUUUAACAGCUUACCCUCUCCUCAGCUUGCUUAUCAAUGAAGAAAACCAGCAGCUGGUCACCGGCAGUGCUGAUGGCCAGCUGUGGAUCUUUAGUCUGAUAGAGGGACGUCGCUACCACUGUGUGGCACAUGUGGACCUGAGGAAGAAAACGGAGACUUUCACCACCCGAAGAAUGAUGUUUGAGCAGUGCCGCCUGCCAGAAGGCCAUCAGUACCACUGCAGACAUGAGGUAGAUAAAAGGGGAGAGGCUGAAGCAACAUUCCCUAUCCUGAACCUGGCCCACUGUGACCUCUGCCUGCCGGAUUCCCAGUGUGGAGCUUUUGCCUCUGAGUGCACCACAUGCCUAUGGAUUGGAAGCUCAACAGCUUUAUUCAUAUUGAACCUGGCGAGCUUUGAGUUGGAAGCUGCUUUACAUUUCAAGGAAUUUCAGAGCCUGAGUGUCCAAGUUGCUGGGUCAUGUGCAGUGAUGAGCGAGCCCAUCAGCACCAAGGCAUUUUGCAUCCUUUCAUCUAUGUUUGGGAGUAAGAUUGCUGUAUUGGAAAUCAGCCUGUCUGCUCUGCUGAGCGCUCAGCAGUACCCUCGUGCAGGAAGGAUGCUUUCUGUGCUGGCAAGCUCCUGUGUCCUGCCAACUUCUCCGCUGUAUUUUGGAAUUAUUAAGGAAAAAUUUCCUAAGCUUGCCAAUACCAAACGACAUGCUGUGAAGAAUGUCGUGGAGGACAAGCCCUUGGUUUUCCACAGUAAAGUUAGGUCAUCUGGCUAUACUUCGAAACCACAUAUGACUAUGUUUUCUCCAAAGACUAACAUCAAACAUAAUAACAAAAGAUCUUCAAAAUACAAGAACAAUUACAAAUGUAAAGAGUACUCUUUGGAGAGUUUCCUACCCAGAAAUCUCAGCAGAAAGGUUGCUGUAGCCCAGGAACCUGUUGCUGUGAACUGUCUGCAGUUCUCAGGGGAUGGACAGCAGCUGGCCUGUGGCUUAGGUAACCACCUGUCCCUGGUCUUCGACGCCAGCCUUUCUGGAGCACCGGCUGCCUUUUCAGGUCAUGAUGGAGCUGUGGGCACUGUCUGCUGGAGCCAUGACAAGAGGUGGUUGCUGUCUACGGGCCGAGACCAGACACUGAGGGUGUGGUCAGUUCACAGGACAGAACUCAUGCUGCUUUUGGCUCCAGAUGCUUUUCCUAAGCCAGUAAUAUCUGCACAAUUCUACUACAUGGAUACUUUCAUACUGCUGUCUUCCGGCCCUGAAUUUUGUCUGUUGAAAUACCACAUUGACCUCUGUAGAGACGACAUAUGCAGGUAUAAACCAAAAAGCAGGUAUAAGCCUAUUUUCAGGCUCCCACUGACCAGUGGGGUGGACAUAACCAGCCUGUCAGCCGUGAACGACUUUUACUCCCACAUCAUACUCACAGCUGGCCGGGACCGGACUGUGGAAAUUUUUGACCUCAAUGCUGGUUGCAGCGCUGCAGUGCUAGCUGAAGUCCAUUCCCGGCCUGUCCAUCGAAUUUGUCAAAAUAAAGGAUCAUCCUUUAUAGCUCAGCAGUCUCUGGCGUAUAAUCUUUUCCUGACUACAGCUGUUGGUGAUGGGGUUCGACUGUGGGACUUGAGGAACCUGAGGUGUGUGCGCUGUUUUGAAGGGCAUCCAAACCGCUCUUACCCUUGUGGAGUUGCUUUUAGUCCUUGUGGAAGGCUCAUGGCUUGUGGUGCGGAGGACAGACAUGCUUACGUGUAUGAAAUGGGCUCAAGCAGCUUUCUGCACCGUCUUGGAGGACACACAGAUACAAUUACUGAAGUGGCCUUCAACCCAGCAGCUCCUCAGCUUGUCACAGCCACCUUAGAUGGGAAACUUCAGCUAUUUGUGGCUGAGUGAUGGCCAACCUGUUGGUAAGAAUACAAGAAGAAAGGAGAGAAAGAACCCAUGGCUUAGCUAUUGAAGUGGAUGGGCAGUUUCCAUUGGAGGCCCUUGCUGGAUUCCUCUUCUGUAGGACUGACCCCCAUCUGAGAGUCCCUCCUCUUAAGAAAACCCUCAUAGAAACAGUGGAAAUAAUAUCCUUCAAUAAAGAUGAGCCAGU